AUGCUGCGAGCGAUCGGCGUGCGUGCGCAGCUCGCGCAAGGGCUGCGUGCCGUGCUCGGCAUGGAGCACACUGCGUCUCUGCAUACCACUGCUCCCGUCGAGGAAAGCAAGCGGCGGCGUGCGUCGCGUCUGCGCCGUACUGCAAAUUUGGAGCGCCGCGACAUCAAGGAGCGCCUCUUUGCGCUGUCGCGCCCCGACCCUGUGCUUGCACACCAGCUGAACGACGAGGGCUAUACAUACUGGAAGAACUCGGAGCUUGCGCAGCUUAUUCUGUCGAAAGAAGAGGUGUGGGGCCUCGCCGAGGACCGCCGUGGCCAGCUCGUGCCUGUCGAGCCCCUGCCGCGCCCCGACGACGCGCAAGUCGACGCGCAGGCCGCCGAGUUUGGCGGCCCCCGCCGCCUGAACUUUGGCCUGGGCGAGGAGGAGCGCCGUACGCUCUUCCAGUCGCUCCCCCGCGUCAUGACGGAGGACCGCGUGCUGGACGCGGCGAGCGUGCACGCCGGCCGUGACCAAGGCGCCGAUAUCCUUGCUGCUGAGCACGCCCAGAGCGAAGAGGAGCAGCAGCAGAGCGCCGCCGCGCUGGCGCGUAUCCUGGACCUGCGCAACGCGAGCGGCAAAGGCAUCCAGGUGGAAAACACGCGGCGGAUUGUGCAGCACUUUGGCGCACGCGAAAAUGGCCAAGGGCCCGAUACCGGCUCGCCGGAGGUGCAGGCGGCGAUCCUCACCUACCGCAUCCGCAACCUGGCUGAGCACCUCGGGCAGGCGCGGCACGACCACAGCAACCGGCGUUCGAUGGCGAAGCUCGUGCACCAGCGUGCGCGUGUGCUGCGCUACCUCAAGUCGCGCGACCCGAUCCGCUACCAAGCCUUCCUGCCCCGGAUUGGUGUCGAGGCGCGCGCAGUCGAGGGCGAGGUCAUUGUUCCGGGCAUGCCCAAGGUAAAGCGUAUUUAG